AUGGUGUUCGUUAUGGACGAGCACAGACGUCCAACAACAGAACACCACUCCAGUUCAGGUCAGGCGAUUCGAUAUCUUGCAGAAUGUGGACCCAACAGGGAGAAGCUGAAGACAGAGCUUGGAAUGAUGCUGAGCCUGCAGAACAUUAUGCAGAAGUCCACCACUCCAGGAGAGACCAAACUGCUGGCCUCAGAGAUCUAUGAGCUCCUGCAGGCGGCGGGCAGCACGGAGGCCGCGGCGGCGCCUGUUAGUGGCCGAAGAAAAGCUCAGUUCUUCUUGGGCUCCAGCAACAAGAAAGCCAAGACGGUGAUCUUGCAGAUUGACGGCCUGGAUGACCCAGGUCGGCGGAGUCUCUGUGAGGAGGCCCUGCUGAAGAUCCGUGGAGUCAUAAGUUUCACCUUCCAGAUGGCUGUGAAGAGAUGCAUUGUCCGGAUCCGGUCCGACCUCAAGGCCGAGGCGCUGGCGUCUGCCAUCGCCGCCACUGAGGUCAUGACUGCUCAGCAGGUGGUGAAGGCGGAGAACGGGGAAGAGGUUCUGAUCCACUUCCCUGAGGGCAGUUCUGUGCAGGUGGAGCAGAACAUGGACCUGCCAGAGUACCUCCCGGAGGAGGAGAGUCCGUCUCCAGAACCCGACAAGGCAGUUAGCCGGAUGGGAACGGGCCAAGAGGGAACCAGCUGGCUCGGAGCCGCCGCCAACUUCCUGUCCCGCUCCUUCUACUGGUGAUCCGACAGAACCGCCUCGUCCAACCGCUGUCCCCUUCCUCCGUUCAAACCAUCCGUUGCCUCUCAGAACCAGAACCAGCGGCAAACCUUCCAGCUGAACCAGAAUAAAACUCUCAGCUGUUGGACUCACACCAGAGUGUCUUAAUGAGCAGGAAAAGUUCUGCUGGAACCAGAACAAACGAGUCAGAACAAAAAACCCAAAGGUUUUCCAGUUUUCCUUUUAAUUCCUAUGAGGGACCCAGUGAUAAAACUGAUGUUUGCAGCAGGUUCUGAUCAGGAACAAUGAGACCAGAACGUCCUGCUGAGUGUUUAAACAUUUUCCCAGGUUCAGGUCCUGUUUCUCUCUGUUUGCCUCAGGAGAGUUCUGCGGUUUUCCAGCUGGGAUCAGAACCACCUCUAUCUGAUGUCAGCGGGGAACUUAGAGACGUGACCCGCCUCAGAGACCCGGUUUAUCACCUGUUUGCAAAAUGUCGUCAUGUUUACAUGUUUCCUGACUGAAUGCCUUGAAGUUUACUGGAACAGAUGUUACCCGUCCACUGGUUCCCAGUCCUGGAGCCCAGACCGGGAGCCAGUUGGACCAGACGGUUCCUGUUGAGCAUACUGAACAUCAGAGAGCUGCCAAGAAUUUAAAGGUUAAAUCCGUCUGUCAGAUUUGAAGAGGAAACGAUCCAAGUUGUUCCUGAAAAACAUUUCAGUAAAGUUUAAAAAAACUUCCCAGUUUUCCAGAAUCGAACAGAAACUUUUCCUUGGAGCUUCGACUGAUUUCCUGACCUGAUGCUGCUUUUCCUGCUGUCUGCUUCUAGACCCGUAACCCCUAACGAUUAUCGUUGCUCUGCCACCAACAUUCUUCUGGCUCCGCCCCCUUUCUUACUCCUUUGAUCAGAACCGGUCCAGAUCAGCUCUUCUGGCCCAUUUUCAGUUCUGGUUUCCAACUAAUCCUUAUUGUGGUUUAAUGUUGGUUCCAGACCAAAACCUGAAAUUCUUGAAGUAAAACUUUGGACCUGAUCAAAACUCUAGAACCAAAGUUCUACAGUUUGUGGGUUUCCAUGGAGACCAGCUUUGACCAAAGGGUUAGGAGCGAUCCAGUGGUGGGUCCAGUGAAACUCAGGCCAACAGGAUCCAGUUCCAGAACCAUCAGACUCGUUUUCUGCUGUGUUCUUUGUUCUGUCCCGGUCCUGUCGGGUUCUAACCGGACUGUUCCGGUUCUUUCUUCUGAUUCCGACUGGACCAUGUUAACCCUUCAUCCUCUUCUUCCUCAGCGUGCAGCGUGUGAAUAAAGUUGUUCAGUCUGAAACCCGUCUCUUCUUCUUUAUUCAUGUAAACCGGGUCCGUCGGUACCAGUGAGCUGCUGCUGAAACUGGGUGGACUGGUGAGAUGGUUCUGUCAGAACCUUAACAGAAUGUGAGGGCUACGGUUCUGUUGGAUCUGAAGUCCAUCUGGUCUUCAUGAUGAGGGCUGUGGUUGGAGAACAUCUAGAAAACCAUCUAGAAGUGGAGGAUCUAGUGGGGAACUUUGGUCUUGGACCUUAAAAAUGGAGCAGUGAUUCCUGGCAGAACCUCCUGGUCCAAAAACAGUCACAUGCUGAAUCCAGAACCUUUAGCCUCCUUCUGGGGGUUCUACUUAGAAAAAAAAUAAACUAGUGAAGGAGGUAAAGAUCAGAUUCUAAUGGUGGCCCAUCUGGACCCCAAAUGGUUCCUCAUUUUAUUAAAGUGUUCAUCUCUAUUUGGUCUAUGUCUGGUUCUGAUAUCCAGGACCAGGAGAUCAUGGAGAACCUCUGGGUUCCUAAAGGGAACCAUCAUCCCCUGGAAGCUCACAGUGACCCAUGGAUAGAACCGGGUCUGGUACCAUGCUACUGAACAGCAGUUCUGCUCGUUCACAAAAAAAAAAUCAGAGUUUCAGAACCAGACUGAUGAUGAAUCCAUUACUAUUCAAUUGUCAGAUUAAAACAGGGUUUCUUGCUCAGAUUGGCAUAGAGGUGGAUUUCCUGCGGUUUUACUACCUUUUAGAGAGGGUAGCGUUUUCUGGUGGAGAACGGCCCAACCUGUCCUGUGACGUCCCCUACUGUGACUGAAUGAUUGCUAAAGAUGAAUAGAUGGUUUAUCCAUGAGGAGCGGUCACAUUUAGGAGGCCUCCAGGUGGGAGUGAGAGUAGAUGAAUUUGGCCUUAUUAGAUUUAUAGGCUUAGGUUACCUAGGCUAAGGUAAAUUAAAAUAAUGUGCGCAUAGGAAACUAAAACAGCUUUCCUUUAAUUAGUUGACACCCAAAUUGUAGGUAAAUGCUGAAACUGUGGUCUUAAGUGAGAACAUUUGGUCUGUGAAGCUUUGAUUGUGAUUACUUUGAUC